CGACAAUUUUUCAAUUUGUUAAAAAUAUAUGUUAAACUUUAAAACAAAUUUGUAUUGAGAAUUCCUCGUUCUCUUCUUAUUAGAUUUAUGGAAGACAGAAAAAUGUUAUUCCUGCUACCUGCAGUCUUCUGCCGCUGAGAUGCUGAAGUACGCGCAGGGUGGCAGUGGGCGCCCACUGGAACAGUCCGGGGCAGAUGAAGUAACGUCAACAAGACUCCACGACAAGCACGUCGCUCUUGACGGUCGUCAGCACCUCCACGACCUCAAAGCCUCACCUUCCCCAGCCCGGCAAGACUACUGCGGGGGGGAAUUUCCCCAGACUAAGAUCCUAAAGUGUUCUGGCUCACUGGAUAGUUCCCCAUGUUCCUCAUACUCCUCUUCAUCUGCAUACUCCUCGCUUGAAGCCGGGCAAGUCAUACCUUACAUUCCCCCAAGUCCUGUCACCCAAACCAACUUUUCCCGGCGCUGGAAGACCGAGCAAAAAAAGUCCGCCAAAAUUCCGUCAAAUAUUCAUCUUAAAUUGAGCGCACCGGUGAAAGAACAACAUUCCAACAGCGAAAAGCAAGAAGCGCUCCCGGCUGCUGGUGAGCUGCAAGCUGUACGUCGUUUGAUAACUCGUAUUCAAAUAUCGGAUAUAAAUCAAAGAUCUGAAGUUUCCGUUAAAAAUUCGAUAAAUGCGUGUAAAACGUCUCAGUUAAUUCCACCUAACGGUAAAGUCGCUCAGCAAAAGAAAGAAGAUCGAAAAUGUAUGGAAAACAACCCGAAUAAAAUUCACAUGCGUAACAAAAAGCCUGAUAAUAAAACCGUUACCAACGUCGAGCAAUCGAGCGUGAAGGAGUACGACGGACCUGCAGAAUAUUCCCGGAGAAGCCGUUCAUGCGAUGGCAGGCAAAAUAAAAAUUCUAAAAUUUCACGUGAAAGAAUUGCUCAGCCGAAGAUCAGUGAAAAAUUUUCUGCUCGGGAUAAAAUUUGUUUAGGCAGAAGCGAAAAGCUGCGCCGGAUUGUUCACUUCAACGAUGAAGAAGUUAGGACAUCUCUAUCUGGUUCCAGGCUGAAAACAAAAAGAAACGAAGGUGACGAUCUAACUUACGUCAACGUCGACGACAUUGCACAAAAGAAGACUCUGAGUUCGGUCCUCCAACGAUCGUUUAGAAGUGGCAGAUCACUCAAAAGAUCUCUAAGAAAGUCACUUCGCAGAACAGAACAUUUUAAACGCACUCUUGUACGCCAGAAGACGGAGAUAGAAGCCGAAGAAGUGCCCCCUACGUCUGGGGAUGACCACCAAACGUUGGGCUCGGUGGAGGCAGCCCUACCGAGGUCUCGAUGCUCUUCGGCGUCCAGAAGCCAGGCGAAGGAAUGUAGCCGUCAUGGAAACCGUCCCGGGGUCACUUCAGCACCGUCCUUCAGGAAUAUUUUUAGAACAUCACUGAAGCGAUCUUUUCAUAGACGAGCAAAGAGAGCUAACUCAGUGGGCAAGGAUUUCAAAAUAGAGACAAGUAAUGCCGAUGUAUGGCCGAGCGUUGAACAGAGCUCAUCAAGAAAUGACGACAAUAAUAACAAGAGUAAGGCAACUGAAAUAAAUUUUGUGACAAUCUCGACUCCAAAUAAAUCUGAACAUCUAAUCAAUAAUAAUUUGGAUCACAAUCAUUACGAUGUUCCAAAAUCUUGUAGAGUAACACAUUUUGGAAAUUCGAACAAAUCAGUUCAUAGCAGCGUUAAAACAACAAAGCCUGCCGUAGAUCAACCGACUGUAGAAAAUAUCCAGAAUAAGUGGUCAGCGUCAAGCAAGUCUUGCGAUAUCAGCACCUCAACCACAAACAAUAAAAACGGAACAGAUGUAAACGUCAUCGAUACUUUUGAGCUCCACAAACACGCGGCGUUGACGGCAGUCGAAUCCGACGUACGAACAUCACCUGGUGACCAAAAGUGUACACAAGGUCCUUCCUCUACUCCUACAUCACGCAUAUGUGGACCUAACCAAUUCUCUGUGGUACUCCACACCCGCGAUUGUGGCGACGCAUCGGCGCCUGCAUCGGAGAAAUGUGGCUCAGCACUCGAGACAAAUUUCUGUACCAAUACCGACGAGAAGAAG